GUCCGCCAUAUUGAAAGUUCUAAAGUAGGAAGUCGGUCAAACGUUGACCUUAUUUAUUAUUCCUAUGGAACGUCUCAGUUACGGUUUCAUUUAACACUUUAAAAAAUAAGUAACGAUAUUUAUUUAUUUAUUUAUCGUAAUUAAAAGUGAAAUAAAAGCGUAUUUGCAAAUUUGCAAUUCGCUGAUUGAAUACGUCACAACGCCAUGUUGUAUUCCUGCGCUGAUUGCAGGCACGAGAAAUCUGCCAACCCGUGUAUUUUUGGGAAUUAAAUCCUUAUACUUAGUCGGAUUGCGAUUUUAUACCAAAAUAUAUUUUAAAUUACAUUUAUUGGCAUAUUUUACACAAUUAGUGAAAUUAAUACAUGCCAAUUGUCGCAUUUUAAGUGCUAACUCCUAAUACCAAAUUGCAUUUAAGUCAAUUUAAGUGCAUCCGCGAAAGUUGAAACAAUUGUGUUGUACAAGAAAGAAGUGAUAAGCGGCCAAAUUCCGGCUCCACGUGCAGCCGGAACCCUGGAUUCUCUCUAUUCGUGUCCUCUAGAGGGGACAUGAAUAAUAAACGGAAGAGUCGCCAAGGACCACCGAGGUCACCACGUGGUCGCGUGGUGGCCGAGGGAGUUUACAACAACGCGCAUUUCAUGCACGCUGCCACAUCACUCGUUGGCGACACCGUUCAAGUUUUAACGCAAUCAGGAUGCCUCUGGGAGGGAGUUUUCAAAACGUUCAGUGCUCAAUUUGAGGUGGUAUUAGAAGUGGCUCACCGCGUCGACCAAGAAGGAGUCGUAGCUGUGGACUCCGUUGUGAAGAAACUGAUCUUCAAGCCCCAGGAUGUUGUAUACAUCAGGGCCAAGGACUCUGACCUUGAAUAUGCGACACACGACGUUUUCCAAACAGACACAGCUAUAUCUAGCAAAUUUAAUGGCAACGGUCGUUCCCUGGAGGAGCGCCACCUAGAGCCGUGGGACGGCUGCGACGGCGACUCCGCCGAAGCGCCCUCGGUCAACGGCGACGUGCGCCUCGACGACCUCGAGCAGCUCGACCACUGCGCCAACGGCUGGGACGCCAACGACAUGUUCCGCAAGAACGAGGAGGUGUACGGCGUCCACAGCACGUACGACCACUCGCUCACCGGAUACACGGUCCAGCUACAGAGGAAGGACACGCAAGACUACCGCGAAGCGGAGGCUAAGGCGGAAGAGAUCGCUGCAGAAAUUGAAAGCGCGGCUUCGUAUAAAGCGCGCAUCGAACUGGAGAACGGCGACGAAGAGGAGAGGUUCGCGGCCGUGCUGCGGCCCCAGGACAGCAGCAGUUCUACCGGGAAAUACGUUAUACCGAACAAGAGAAAAAAUAUGCAGGUGAGUAUGGGCGGCAAGCUGGUGAAGCCAUCGGGCCCCAACAACAACAACAGCAACAACAACGGAGGCGGCAGCAGCGGGACCGCGGCGGCGCCCGGGCCCUCGCCCCGCGCGCCGCCCCCCUCCCCGCCCAAGGACAAGGAGCAGCGGCCGCGCAACCACGUGACGCCGCCGCGGCACGACGACGCGCCGCCGGCGCCCAGCCCCGCGGCGGCCGGCGGGAAGAGCUACGCGGCGCAGGCCGGCGGCUACCACGUGCCGCCCUUCGCGCCGCACCACCACCAGAAUAGUCCAAAUAACGGAAGCUCUGGCAGCGGUAAAGUGAACGGAGAACCCCGGGCGCCCCCGCAGCAUCCCAGGCAGAGCUUCCCACAGCAGCACCAUCAUCACAACGCGGCGGCGAGCACGGAGCCGCACCCGCGCCCGCCGCGCCACCAGCACGCGCCCGAGCCGCGCCGACAGGACGAAGUGCAGGAACUUCGUAAGUUUGGUCAAGAAUUCAAGUUGGUGUCUUCCCCCGCUCCCCCCGCGCAGCCCGCCCUCCCCGCCGCCCUCCCCACCGCCCUCUCGGCCGCCACGCAUCCGCAACAUAACCCACAACCUGCGGUUCAACAAGUACAACAGGUUCAGCAAGUUCAACAAGUUCAGCAAGUCCAACAACAAGUACAGCAAGUACAACAACAAGUGCAGCAAGUUGUUGUGCAGCAAGCGUCCCACCGCGCGUGCUCGCCGCCGGAGGUGUCCGCGAUGUCCGGCGCUCCUCCCGAACACCACAAGCGGCCUCCGCCCCACCAGACGCCUCCUGCACAUCAUAAUAAGUCUGUCUCUACACAACAACAAACGCAACAGCAGCAGACUGAGAGUGGCUCAGAGCGAGAGAGUCCGGCAGCUGUCUCCCCCGGAGUGGCUCUCACCCUCAAGAAGUCUACCCUCAACCCCAACGCGAAGGAAUUCAACCCUGCAGUUAAAACUUUCACGCCGAGGUCUCCAACCACGCCCACACCUAGCCGGCCACACACGCCGGGCACGCCGUCGGGCGUGGGGCUGUCCGGAGUGAGCGUGAUGGGCCCCGGGCUGGGCUACGUGCCCGCCGCACACCCCGGACCCCCGCACAUGGUUGCAGCCGUGCCCUACGCGAUGGUGGCCACCCAGCAGCCUCCCACAUACCUUCCGCACCCGCACCCAGCGAUGGAGCUGAGCUGCGAUUGCCGUCAGUACGGGCCGCCCAUAUUCGUGGUGCCGGACAAGCGCGACCGCCCCGACGCGCUGGCGUAUGGAGCGGCAAUGGGAGGCGGGGCCGGGGUGGCAGCCGGCGCCGGCCAGCACGCGCCCAUACCUACACAGCAGCAGAGGAACUUCAGAAAGAUGGGCGUCGGCUCCGGCAUGCAGGUCGCAGCGGCCACCGGCCAGCCCCUGCUGACCCCGGCGCCCAUGCAGCCCUUCAUGCCGUACCCGCACCCGCCGCCGCAUCCGCAGCCGGCCAUCUCCUACCAGCACAUGGUCCGGCUGUAUCCCGGCGGCGGAGAGGGCGCGGGCUACACGAGCGCGCCUCCCCCCGCCGCGGCCUCCCCCGCGCUGUACCCACCCCCCUCGCCCGCGCACACGCCGCACCCGCAUCCCCACCACCACUACCAGCAACAGUUUCCGGUGCUGUGCCCGGUGAUGGGUCCUGGCGGCAGUACGUCCCACCAUCACCACCACCACCACCCCCAUCUGACGUAUCUCAACCACGCGCCGCCCACCGCCUCGCCACCGCAGCCACACCCUCACGCUCUACAGUGGACUGAUAGGCGUUGAAGAUGACACCUAAGGAGUCGAUGUCGGUUACAGGGGGUGUUGCUGCCGCCCCACCCCGCCGGGUCGACGACCCCCGCCCUGCACCCCCCCUCGCACCCGUAACCCCGCCGCACCUCGGCCCUGCCCCUGCUGUACACCGCGCCCAGGGGUGACGUCACCGCCACCUACACCAUAGACUACAUGGAACGAUUCUUUGACGUCAUCAUACUGCGCUUCGCCAGAUCAGUGAAGUUGGUGAACGACAAGUGAACCGCCUCAGAACUACUAUACAAGUGUUCGGUCCAAUUUGGUACAGAUUCAAAUUCAGCUGUGAGUUUUUGAAAAGUGAGUUUCUUGAUGAUGUUACUUGGAGAAACACGCACAGACUUACCGUGAGCAUGAACAAAACGAAAAUGAAGAAAUGAACACUUCAGUGUUUUCGGACGAAUGAACAAAUUAUAGCAACAACACUGUGCUCGAAGGAUACAAAAAACUUGAUAGUUAAAUGAAGACAGUUCUGAAAAACGACUAUUAUUAGCCAUGACUGUGAAAAAAUGUGAUUAUGAUAAAAAAACAAAUCGUAAUCGAACGUUUUUGUACGUUUCCGAACAUUAGACUUUCAUUCCGCUGAUGAAUUAGAGACCUUUAAAAUUUUAAUAGAAAAAUAAUCGAAAAUAUUUCGGAUACUGAACACCAAUGAACGUCAGUGCAUUGUGUGAUCUUACUAAUACGAUUCUAUUGUGUUGGCAACACUAACGUAGUCGAGUGUUGUCAGAUGUGAAAAAAAAACUUAGUAUAAAGGCGGGGGCAAAGUGGGGUAUUAAUGUAAUUAUUGUAAAUGAGUAAUGUGUAUGAUUGUUUUUUUUUUAAAUCCUGUAUAAGCGUAGCAUCGGAUUUGGGAAUGUGAUGUGACUAUGUGUGUUGUUGUUAAGAAUUCCUAUGUAUUAUAUAAAUUACUAAAUUUUAAUUGCACUCGCAUUGAAAUUGUGUGAAUUGUUGAACGAAGAAACAAUUGAUGAAAAAUAUUUAUUGGAAAAGUUGCCUUAUAUUUAACGGGAAGUCGCGGAAGAUAGUUUUGUUGUGUUUAGAUAACGUUUGUCGCGAUAUAUUGAUGGGAUUCCUAGAUGCUUGAUGCGUUGCUGUCAAUGUGACAUGGACAUUGACAAUAAUUGAGAGUUUAUUUUUCAUGAUUUUCACAAUUUCUAGUGUACGUGUUAAUGUUUUUUUUUUUGUAACUCUUCAUCGCUGCUUCGUCGUUGCGAUUUUAGAGUUUUAUUUAUUUGAAAGAAAAAAAAAAGAAGUUUUUAAUAGUUGAUACACUCCGCGAUGAACGAUGCUAAUUUUGGGUCAAUUACGGUUAAAUAGUUUGAAUCGAAGUUUCAUGUAAUGCAUUUACUGUGUUGUAACGUCUCGUGGCGGGCAGCAGUGCUCGAGGAGGGUUGGGGGGGUGUUCGCUGCCUUGUGACGUCAUCGCGGGCAGUAACGCGACUUAUAUACGUCAACGAAUUUUUUUUUUUCUAUAUUGAUUACCGCGCUCUAAUUCUGCUUGGACGUGCUUAGAAGGAUAGAGAUAUUGUCGCGUGGACUAUAAAACUAUUCCUCGAUUCUGCUCGGUUGUGUAUGCAUAAUAUAUUUUGGUGCAAAGUGUAUGUAUAAUUUUAUUGGUAUGCGUCUCUUAUUGCUUCAUAGAGUGUUUGUUUAGAGCAGUGGGCAGAUGCCUUUGUCACGAAUGAAAUGCGCACUCAACGCAUAUUCUAACGUGCGUGCUGUGAGCAAUAUAAUAUAGUUAUUAAACGCCGCCAUUAUUUUUUUAUUUAUUGCUUAGAUAGGUGAACGAGCUCACAGCCCACCUGGUGUUAAGUGGUUACUGGAGCCCAUAGACAUCCACAACGCAAAUGCGCCACCCACCUUGAGAUAUAAGUUCUAAGGUCUCAGUAUAGUUACAACGGCUGCCACACCCUUCAAACCGAAACGCAUUACUGCUUCACGGCCGAAAUAGGCACGGUGGUGGUACAUGCCCGUGCGGACUCACAAGAAGUCUAACCACCAGUCAUAUUCAACAUUCAGUCUGUGCCUCUCCCAAAAUGCGCCCUGUUUAUUGGGCCGCGUUGUCUUUCGCAUUCACUCCCUCCCAACAGGUAUUUUAGAACUCUCCCGCCUCAAUCACUUUACGAUAGACAUUGCUGGUCAAUUGCCAUUUCGAUUAACCGGUUUUUUAUUUGUUGAUCCGGUACUAAGUUACUGACCCUGUUUCUUUGGCGUAUAUCAUUCCUGGUUCUAUCCAAACAGACUUGUGACAGCAAACGCGUUUCCAUAGCACGUUGGAGAGUCUACGGUCACAGACCCAAGUUUCACUCUUUUGUACGCUACGACAGUUUUAAAAAAAUAUCUCUCAUAUAUUUGUUGUUGUUACGUGUUUUUAUUGCUUGCAUCUUGAUUUCGUUCAUCCACGAAAGCUUGGCUACAUUCCGCAUUAGGUUAUCCUAUAAAAAAAUUUGUACUGUAAUAAUUAAUAUAUUAUGCAUACAUUAACGUUAAUUUGUCGAUUAAUUGGCAGGCGUUUAUUGCGACACUAGUCGGGCAAAUAUAUACAAUGUUUUUUUUUUGGACGAUUUAUAAAAUAGGGUCUGUAAAUUAUAACUACAUAUAUAUACUGUAUACAUAUAAAUUAAUAUAAUAGUAACGGGUUGCGGUGUGCAAGCGGAGGGCGGACCGCGUGUUCGAUUUCUGUCCGUGAUCAUCUUCACUAAUGUAAUAUAAUAUAAUAUAAUAGAUGCAAAUUAAAGUAAAUAAAAUAAAUCGUAUAAAUAUCUCUAUGAACGAAUUGAUAACAUUUAUAUUAUGUAUUCCAAACUAUAUUAAAAAAGGUAGCGAUGUUAAAGGUUUUAUAUUAUAUUAUGUAUGUAAAUGUACCCGGCGACUGUUGAAAGUUGGCGUGACAAUAAAAAACGUAGGCUUAGAGAUACGAUAAGAUUCUCGCGAUCGUCAUCUGUGACUCGGACAGUCACUCUGACGUGCGCCGUCUACGUAACGAAUGCACGAUAAAAGACUUCUCUUAUUCCCUUCGUUGUAGUGAUGUGAAAGGUCGUUGUCGAUAAACGCAGCCCGAGCUUUUAUCGAUACCGGUGGUGUGAUGAUUUGUGAUGACGGCAUCAAGGGGAGCUUAGUCCAUGACCUCCGCGCGGUGCUCCCUGGGUAGCGCCAAAUGUGGACGUUGGUAUUCACAUUGAUAACACACAUGAAUCGUUUGUGGCACGCGCUCGUGAAUAGUGAUGCACUCGUACGAUGAUAUCGAAUGUCGACGCUAGUGCGUUGAGUUACUUGAGCGCUAUGCUUAGUUCAAUAUGACAUUGUCAAAUGUUAAUAUAUGUAUAAUAAAUAAAUGAUUUUAGACGAAUCGUAGAAACCGCAGACGCGAUUCACUUAGGGUAACUAGUUGUUAUUGUAACUUAUCGAUAAUUUCAACUGGAUGAAUUCCCGUGUAUAAAUCGCUAUAAUAUCGGAUUAAAAAAACGUUUGUACAUAUGUAAAUAUAGGGGAUGAUGAUGGGGGAGAGAGUUUGCGUCCUCCCGCACGCAUAAAAAAAACGGCUUCUAUAAAUACUAUAUAAAUAUUUGUGAUGUAAAAAGAUUUUUCAAAUUAUACAAAAAAAAAUUAUCAUAGAAAAAAUCACAAAAAAAAAAAUGAUUAAAUUGUUCGGAGAGGGCCUACCAGACCCGCGCCAUGUUCGAAGCGAUAGUUCUAGAUCUUUCUCACCCGAGAACAUGGCGCCGGGCCUCGAAUACAAUUAAAAUAACGUUCUUCUAUAUAUGUAUAUGUUUAUCUUUUUUUUUUCUUUUUUUUUUGUUGUAAUAAAAAUUUUAUUGUUGCGUCCGCGUAUUCGUUUGUUGGUACUCUGUCAGAUAUGUGUAUAUGUAAAACGUGAUGAGCGUGUGUUGUUUGUUGUGCGCAUUUUACGUAUGAAAGUGUAUAUUUUUUUUUGUAACGAUGUAAUUAUUUUUCGAAGUGUCACAACACUAGUUGUUUUUAAUUUCGAGUGUGGCGCCAUCUGAGGCGACUGUUGCGUCGUCUUAUUAUGUAACUUGAGUUUGUCCUCGAUUUUCAACGAAAAACGUACGGGAACUUUGCUCCUUAGAAGUUUUCCGUAUGCAGGUUGUGGUCUUACGUAAUUCCAGUGCGUCCGCGCGCGCCUUGCCGCCGGGGGGCGCCACUGGGUACUAGCUAGAACUGUGGCUUACGCACAUUGCUAUAGCAUUUAGUACGGAUUUCGAUCAAGCGCGCACCUUGCCGCGCCCUGAUUGGUCAGCUCCUAUACGAAGAUAAGGUAUAUCGGUGCCUUGUUGAGACUACGCGAAUAACGGUCUUAAUCGAACCGGCGAUAAGGUUCGUAAUCGGCCGGCUUUCCUAGGCGAGCCCGUGUGGGAUUUGCAAGUAUCCGCUGUCGCGUGACGUCUGUCUUGACGAACACGGCUGUUUUCCUGUUACGCUAUUUGUAAUAUGUGUUUGAACGGGGCGGGCUUGCACCGAGAUCUCUGUAUGUGUGUGCAGCUCAUAAUUGUAUGUCUUGAUGAUGCUAAGGUGAUGUUUUAAGUGGCACAUGACUGUGAACAUUGAUUUUGGGUUUGCAUUUAUUGUACUUUUGCACGUACGAGGCUUAUAAUAUAUAAAAAAGGAAAGUUUCUAAGCCGUCGAGUCUAGGGAGGAAGCAUUUCAAAUUUGUUUGCCUUAAAUUUAAAAAAAAGUUGAGCAUUUCAGUUUUCGAAUAACUAAAAAAAAAAAAAAACAAUUGUGACUCAAACCCAAAAUCAGUGCGUAAAUUUAACAAAAAAAAAUGUGAGUCGCUUUAAUGGUUGAAACGACCAUUUAAUCUUAGAUAACUAGAGAUUGCCUUAUUACCCGUACGUCGGGCGUGUAUGAACGAUUGUUAUCGACGCGUGUGCUAAGCGUUGCGUUUUCAUUAUUAUAAAGAGAACAAAAAAAAAUGAAUUAUUUUUCUUAAUUUUUUCGGGAGUUUUACGUAUGGCAACAUUGUUUAAAAAAAAAAAAAAUAGAAAAAAGGCGGUAAAAAUGCAAUGAAUUUUAUUAUGUUGCCAUUCUUAUUAAUAUGAAUUCUUCAGUUUGGCUUUUUGUUUUUUUUUUAACAAGAGCGUUUUGUUUUGCAUUAACGUUUUGCAGAAUAUACAAAGUCUCGUUGUAAUCUUCGAGCGGUUAAUGUACUUCAUGCUCGGCGAACUCGCAAUGUACAUUUAGCUUUUUAUUUUAUAAAUCCAAUUUUAUCAUGAACUUGUCUGAACCCAGAACCGGAAAGUAUGUUUCUUUUUUCCCCCCUACCUUUUUACUGGUAGCUUAAGGGGCUCACGGGCUCAACCUGAGAGAGUAUCCUAACGCUAGCCCUAGCAAGAGCAGUGCUUCGCAGAAUCUACUACCGGAUCGGAAUCGCAACCCACUAAGAAGAUCCGGCGAGAAACUCAGUGGGUUGAAAAUACGCAUAAAUUUAAGUGAACAAUGAUACUUAUUAUUAACUGAGAAACAAGAAUUUAUUUAGGAAGUUUUGGGUUUCAUAAUGAUUUGAGAAAAAAGUUGUGCAAUUUUGGGAAUAAAUAAUAAUAGAUUUCAAAAGUUUAAAUUAGAAAUGUUUUAAUAAAUAUUAUGUUUGUCUAUCUUACUCUAUCUAUUAAACCGCCUGAAGUCAACCAAAGUCACUAUGGCCGGCGUUCCCUUUCUUUUUUGCCAAAUAAUCACAUUGGUCCACGCGCUUUGGACGUUAGCGAAAUUGAAUUUGUUUUCGUUCGCCUUUUUUUUUAUAUUAUAUUAAUGAAAACGUGACGCCUUUUUGUGUAAUAUAAUAAAGACUGAAGGAAAAAAUGUGUGGAUGAAGCCGGAGUAUUAUGUAAGAUUGGAUUUUUUUUUAUUGUUAUUGUAAAAAAAAAUGUAUGAGCCUAAAUGCGUGCGCGCCAACGCGUGCUGUGUAGAUUGUGUGCGAUCCGCGUUUACUGGGACGAGUCGGGAUAGACGUUAAAAGAAAUUUGGUUAAAUCAUGUCCUAUGGCAAAUAUUAUCUUUAGUUGAAACAGAAGCCAAUCUAUACAUAUAUAUAGAUUGAGAGUAAACGAAUUUUAACGCAAUAAUAACUACAAAUUUCAAAUUUAAAGAAAUUUGCUCCCCAAUCAGAGUAACCCUCAUAUUGUUUAUUUCAUAAAUAUCAAAAGUUUAAGUCGCUUUGAAUACAAGAACUAAUUGUCUGAUCUCUAGAAUAUAUUUACUUGAACAAUAUUUAAAAAGAAAACUUGCGUACUCUAUAAAAUUUUGAUCCAUUAAAAUUCUGAAAGUAUUAAAUUCAGUUUGUCGAACUAUGACGGCUUUGAGAUGCACUGGAAAUCACUUUUAGUAAAUUUUAGGGAUCAGGCAAAUGACUCGACUGCCCGAACGCUAUCUCUCAACGUCAUCGCACACAUCAUAAAGAAUGUACAUAAAUGCUCAUCCCGGAUCCAGAACGUUAGAACAAUCUUCGUUAAAAUAUAAAAACAAUUAUAAACAAAUCCAUUAUUAUUUUCGUGAAUGUCGCGCCAUACGCGAUCCACUACAGCAAGUGCCAAAAAUAAAACUGUUCUGGCACUUUUCGAAGGACCGUCCUCUCAUUGGUUCGCGCGACAGCGGCACGACGCGCUCACGACAACGUCACGACACGACAAGACAACGAAUGUUUGGUUUCUAUUGCGUUCGCUGUAACGUCCACCAAUGAGGUUCGGUCGGUUUUGUUGCAACGACAUUUAAGACCUGUCGUUAUUUUUCAAUAAAAAGUUUAAAAAAAAUGUGUUUUGAACACAACA